UGUCAAAAGUGACAAUAAAUUGCAGCAUAUAGUCUCGCGUGCUCGCAAGUCGCACGUAUGGAAUUAAUUUUGAUUGUUCUAAAUUUCGGAUGACUUGUGACGAAAAUAGUGUAGUGAAAAUGAUAUUAUUACUUCGAUGAAACAAAAAUAAACCCUUUCUUAGAAACUCAAUUUUGUGUUAAACUUGUGCUAAGUGUCAGUAUUUAUUGAGUAUUAUGAACUUUGACGACUAUGAAACCCUUCCGACUACCCAAAACUUCACCACACAUAUGACCGCCGGAGCAAUUGCGGGGGUGAUGGAGCAUUGCAUAAUGUAUCCACUCGACUCCGUAAAGACGCGGAUGCAGUCGCUGCGGACGGCGCACAACGGCACCAUCGCGGAGACCUUCCGGCACAUGGUGCAGCGGGAGGGGCUGCUCAGGCCUAUCCGCGGCAUGUCGGCGGUGGUGCUGGGCGCAGGCCCGGCGCACGCGUGCUACUUCGCCACCUACGAGCACAUCAAGCACACCCUCGCGCAGCUCACCAGGCACCGGCACGACCACAUCACGCACGGUCUGUCAGGCUGCGUCGCGUCGCUGGUGCACGAUGCGGUCUCUAACCCGGCUGAAGUGGUGAAGCAGCGGCUGCAGAUGCUGAACUCGCCGUACCGCGGCGUGUGGGAGUGCGCGCGCCACGUGUACCGCGCCGAGGGGCUGCGCGCCUUCUACCGCUCGUACGGCACGCAGGUCGCCAUGAACGUUCCCUACACGGCGCUGCACUUCGUGACGUACGAGUGGUGCCAGGCGGCGCUGAACCCGGCGCGCGCGUACGACCCGCGCGCGCACGCGGCGGCGGGCGCGGCGGCGGGCGCGCUGGCGGCGGCGGCCACCACGCCGCUGGACGUGUGCAAGACCGUGCUCAACACGCAGGAGGCGGCCGCGCGCGCCGACGGGCUGCUGGAGGCGGCCGGCCACGUGCUGCGCGCCAACGGCCCGCUCGGCUUCUUCAAGGGCGUGCAGGCGCGCGUGCUCUACCAGAUGCCCGCCGCCGCCAUCUGCUGGCUCACCUACGAGACCUUCAAGCACGCGCUCGCCGGCAACGCCCUGGACUCGCACGGCGAGGACGGCGCGGGCGGCGCGGGCGGCGCGGGCGUGGCGGGCGGCGUGGCGCCGCCGCUGGCGUGCGCGGCGCUGCGGCUGGCCGCCGCCGCCGGCGACGUGCCGCCCGCCGCCGCCGCCGCCGCCGCCGCCGCCUCCACGCUCACGCGCUCCUAGGCCGCUACCACGCACGUCGAACUAAAUCGUCGAGUAUUAUCUUGCAAAUGGUGUCAUCGUCCGCGCCGCGGAGCCGGGGCCGUGUGCCGCCGCCGCCCCGGUCUAUGUUCGUGAACAGUGUUGUUACAUAAAUUUAUAAUUUACAUAUUGUUUUAAUAAAAUUGUAUUUUUAUGUUUUAAUAUAUUACGUUGCGUACCUACAUUUUAUAAUUGUAGUUUAGACGGUUCUACAGCUCGAGUCGAGUGAUGUUUUUGCACCACGUGUCGAGUCGAACGCGCCGGCUCGCUUCUAAAAAUAGAAACGAUAGUAUUCACUUGGUAAUCGAAGGUGUCGUUCGGCCACGACCAAGUUACCGAUGCAAUUCCAGGAUUUUGGAACUAGCGGUGGACUAAAUUGACCGUGAUCGUGCGUGGCGCCGGUCGCCGGUCGCCGGUCGCCGCGCCGCGCCGCGCCGACUGCGGCCCGAUGCGGCCGGACGUCGUUGUCAAAAUACUUUCACUUUAUCGAUAUGCGAAUGCGUGGCAUUUCACCUUGUUACAUUUCUGUCGCUUGCGCUCAGCCGCGUUGAAAUUACGAGGGAGAGCUAGUAGGUCGGUGGAGUUCUCCUACAGAGAUUUGGGAUAUCAUCAACGGAAGGUCCCCCCCCCCCCCCACUGCAGCCCGCGCUGUGCGUUCUCGGUCACUCGCAGUCCACACGACAGACAUCUAUUUUUAUACAGGGUGUGAGAGAUUAUAGUCAGUAGUCAAUAGGCGUAAUACCUAUACUAUUGUGAACGUCGGAUUACAAAGUGAAAUUAUUCUGACAUUGUGAUUUAUAUUUUUAUGUUUUAAUUGUUACAUUAGAUUGCGGUAUAAAGUAAGACUAAAUUUACAAUUAAAUCUCGAUAUGAACGGGAUAAAAAACACGUUGGCGGUGCUAUGUAUGUGUGUGCGUGUGUGAGUGACAGAGAGAGUGUAUGCGAGCGUGUUAGUGUGCGUGUGUAUGUACGUGCGCGUGCGCGUGUGUGGAGACGCAUGCGGAAGCGCAGCUCCCGGAGCACCAAAAUAUUUUGUUUGUGUACAUUAUUGAUUCAUUGUAUUUGUUAUAUUUAUGAGUUGUAUAGAUUGAGAGUUAUGCUCUGUUUAAAUUAAGAGUAUAAAGUUAUUUGUAUAGUGAAACGGUCCGCCUGGCCGCGCCAGGCGCACCAGUGCAAAUAAAAUCCGAAAACAUGUGUAUAAAUAGUAAUAAAAUUGUUGGACAAUA